AUGAUUGAAUGUGGAAAUUAUCACACUAUUCCUCAAAUCACUGUUGAGCAUCUUUCAAGCAAAGUACCAAUUGAAAAUGUAUAUAAAUCUCCAUCAUGGUUCUGGGGCAUCUCCUCGAUUUGGUUCUCUUUACAAGAUGUGGACUUUUCGACCGUUGUAUCUGUCGAAGAGAAAGGUGUGGAGGUUGACAUCUCGACUGAAAACUCAUCACUUGAAUACAUGUCGUUGAACUAUAUUAUCUUUGAGAGUACUUUACCUAUAGUAACAGACUCGACGAUUUUCACUUCAAGUUCAACGUUCAAAUUUGUGUUCCCAAAACGACUAUUUAGCGCAGCGCCACGAGUUGUAGUGUCAAUUCAGUCGGUCACUUCCAGUCGCUUUUUAGGUGUCGAGAUUGGUGUAGUAGAGACGACAAAGGACUUUUGUACCAUUUCCGCUAAAAUGGACGAAUCGUGUACACAGAGUAUACAAGUCGGCGUCUUUGCGUACGACGAGAGAUUUUUACCGGAACAUGUGACACAAGAAAUGGGACAUGAGCCCUUCGAUGCCGAAAAAGCAAUUCAAAUAACAAGUCAAAGCAUUGAGAAAAGUGACAGUUCAACGAAGAGAAAAGUCGAGGACUUUCUUUUAAAGAAUUAUUAUAACAUUCCUUCUUUGGCAUCAUUUCUUGUGAAGUUUCAAGCGAGUAAGAGUGAACACAUUACAAUUGAUAAUUCCCUCUUUUUCUUAGACUCGAAGUCAUACCGAAUGUGUGUUGGGACACAAGAGGAAGUUCGUUAUAAUUUUGUUGUGUGUGGGAAUCUUCAGAAACCUACGCACAUGGACUUUUAUAGAAGAAAGGAACAACUCCAAAACAAUGGAAUUGGAACAUUAAAAAAAGAUGAAAUGAAAGUUCAGAACAUUAGAUGUGUCGAUGUCACUGAUGAGAAGAAACAAUGUGGAGUGUGUAAGAAACAUCUAAUUAAUACCAUCUUCUCGUGUGGCCAUGCUUGCUUGUGUUAUUGUUGUGCGCAAAAAUUGGAGGUUCAGCCACAAUGUCCCUAUUGUGGGGCGUAUUCUAUACGACCACUUUUGUUCAAAGAAGUCGUUUAA